UACGUACAUAGUUAAGUAUAUUUCCAAGAUCAUAAAAACAACGAGUGGGAGUAAGAUCAUUUUAAAUUAUGUCUUCCAAUAGCUUUAUGUAGAAAUUGUCAUUUCUUGUUGUAAAUUCAGAAAGAGUGCACCGGUGAUCAAUUAACGACAUUGUUGAAGUGAGUCACUUUUGCAGACCGUGAAAAUGUGUACAGUUUACGCAACCUCCACAUCUGUACUUGUGCUUCUUGCACUAAUUAAUACUGGAUUCGCAUUGCAGUGCUGGAAAUGCCAUUCAGAAUUCGAUGUUACAUGUCGAGACUACUUCAAUGUUACAAGGAUUCAACAAAAUAGGAGAUAUUUUGAUAACUUUAAUUAUGCAGGCAACAGACAAAUUCAAAAUCCUAGGAACGAACCUCAUUUAGAGCAUUGCGAUGAAAGUUUUGCUCAUACUUACAAUCAGAAAACAGUGUGCAUAAAAAGGGUUUACAGAGGCACUGGUAGCAAUGAACUACCUAAUGUUCAAAGAGAAUGUAGGCUCGUUUCCCGAAACUCAAAAGAAGGAGAAUGUCCUGAAGAUUUAACAGGUGGUGACCGAAGCAGAGUGAUUGAUUUCUGCGGUACUUGUGAUUUUGACGGGUGCAAUACAGCCACAGGAAUUAAAACUAACGUUAUUUUGGCUAUAGUACCUGUUGUAAUUUUAUAUCUAUUUCAGAAAUAAUAUUUUCCUUUUGUAUAUUUAACGUUGUUGUAAAGUUUAGUUACCUUAAAGUCGUGAACUGAAUAAUUGUAUAUUCAAC